AUGAUGUUUCGUACAACAACAUCCAAUCGUGAAUUAGCAUUAGCUAAUAAUUAUACAUAUAUUAAUGAAGAUAAAAUUUCACGAUCAUUGAUAUGUCCAAUAUGUUUGGACCCAUUGAUAGAUCCUCAAACACAUGUUUCAUGUGAAAAUUCAUUCUGUAAUCGUUGCAUAAGAAAAUUAAGACAAUGUCCAUGUUGUCGAGCUUCAAUUAUGAAUCCAAAUGAUUUAAAAAUGACAAGUCAUGUUAUUAGAAAUAUUCUUGAUGAACUAGAGGUUCAAUGUAAUGUAUGUAAACAAAUAAUAAAUCGAGGAAAUUUUUCGAUACAUAUUCGAAAUAAUUGCCUUGAUCAUUCUCCAAUAAGCCCGGAAGAAGAAGAAAGUUUUCUCAAUCUUUCAGCUUCAUCAUCAACUAUAAAUAGUCCAACAACAAUUAAAAAUUCUAUUGAUGAACAACAAAUUGAAAAACAUUUAUCAAAUUUAUAUCGCCGUAUACAUACAUUAGAAAGUGAAUUAUUUGAAUUAAAAAAAGCAAUAUAUAUUUGUUUAUUUGUUUUAUCGACCAUUGCAACAUUGAUAUUUUUUGGUACAAUUUUUUCCUAUGUAAUAUUAUCGUUUUUAUCCGUUGUAUUUACUCAAUGGGUACCAUCAUUAAUCGAUGUUUCAGUCAAAUUUCUAUUUGAUUUUUCUCCAUUAAUAACAUUAUUUCGAGUAAUAUUUAUUGCUCUGUAUUUUUUUCUUAUGUGUUAUAAACGUCGACCAUCGGAUAUCAAUCUUUUAACAAUAAUUAUUUGUUUAAUUAUUGUUCUAUUUAAUUUAUUUAUUCUUAUUUUACAUUUAAUUAUAAAUCAUUUUAAUUUUUUAUUUAUUAUAUUUAUUAUAAUUCUAAUGGGAAAAUAUUUUCAUGUACAAAUACCAAAUCAAGAACAAAUAAUUGCUUUUGUAAAUAAUUUCGUUAUUCAACAACAACAACAGCAUCAACACAAUCGACGAUCUCAGUGGUAG